CAGGAGGCUGAGUUAGCAGAUUGCCUUUACCAGUGUUCCUGGGAGCCUGUUUGUUUACAGGCACAAAGGCCCGCAUUCCACUGAAGCAAAACCUGGAAGUCUUCGCAUUUCCUGGGUUCAAGAACAAGGCAGGAGGCAACAUGAGGCUAUGGCUAAGAGAGCUGGUCCUCCAGGCACUGAGAAAUGCUCGGGGUAUCUGUGGGUCUCAUGGGCAGCCACCGCCCCUUCCUGUCCCGGAGAAGAUUGUGGCCACCUGGGAAGCCAUCAGCCUGGGCAGGCAGCCAGUGCCUGAGUAUUUCAACUUUGCCCAUGAUGUGCUGGACGUGUGGAGUCAGCUGGAAAAGGCUGGCCACCGGCCCCCAAUCCCUGCCUUCUGGUGGGUUGAUGGUGCAGGAGCAGAGGUCAAGUGGAGCUUUGAAGAGCUGGGGGAGCAGUCCAGGAAGGCGGCUAAUGUGCUGGAGGGUGCCUGUGGCCUGCAGCCUGGAGACAGAAUGAUGCUGGUGCUCCCACGGCUCCCGGAGUGGUGGCUGGUCAGCGUGGCUUGUAUGCGGACAGGGGCCAUCAUGAUUCCUGCCAUCUCUCAGCUGACAGAAAAAGACCUCAAAUUUCGGCUGCAGGCAUCCAGAGCCAAGGCCAUUAUCACCAGUGACCACUUGGCCCCACGGGUGGAUGCCAUUAGCUCCGACUGCCCUUCCCUUCAGACCAAGCUGCUUGUGUCAGACAGCUAUCGGCCAGGCUGGAUGAACUUCAGGGAACUCCUCUGGGAGGCAUCCACAGAACACAACUGUGCAAGGACCAGGAGUCAAGACCCAGUGGCUGUCUACUUCACAAGCGGCACGACUGGGGCCCCCAAGAUGGUUGAGCACACCCAGGCCAGCUACGGACUGGGUUUUGUGGCGAGUGGGAGGAGGUGGGUGGCCUUGACCAAAUCAGACGUCUUCUGGAACACAACCGACACUGCCUGGGUGAAGGCAGCCUGGACUCUCUUCUCUGCCUGGCCUAAUGGAUCUUGCAUUUUUGUGCACGAGUUGCCCCGGGUUGAUGCCAAAUUUAUCCUAAAUACUCUGUCCAGGUUCCCGAUCACCACCCUCUGUUGUGUCCCCACCAUCUUCCGUCUUCUUGUGCAGGAGGAUCUAAGCAGGUACCAGUUUCAGAGCUUGAGACACUGUGUGACCGGAGGGGAGGCUCUGACUCCUGAUGUGAGGGAAAAGUGGAAGAACCAGACGGGCCUGGAGCUGCACGAAGGCUAUGGCCAGUCUGAAACCGUUCUAAUCUGUGCCAAUCCAAAAGGGAUGAAAAUCAAGUCAGGAUCCAUGGGGAAAGCGUCCCCACCAUAUGAUGUGCAGGUUGUAGAUGAGGAGGGCAACAUCUUACCUCCUGGAGAAGAAGGGAAUGUUGCUAUCCGUGUCAGACCCACCAGGCCCUUCUGUUUCUUCACGUGCUAUUUGGACAACCCUGAGAAGACAGCAGCAUCAGAACGAGGGGACUUUUACAUCACCGGGGACCGAGCCCACAUGGACAAGGAUGGCUACUUUUGGUUCAUGGGAAGAGAUGAUGAUGUGAUCAAUUCCUCAAGCUACCGAAUCGGGCCUGUUGAGGUGGAGAGUGCACUAGCUGAGCACCCAGCUGUCCUGGAGUCUGCUGUGGUCAGCAGCCCAGACCCCAUCAGAGGGGAGGUAACUAGUCCAACCGAGAGCAUUAUCUCCUGGUUCUGUACUCACCAGCCAAAACANCUAACCCAAGAACUCCAGGAGCAUGUGAAAAGGGUGACUGCUCCAUACAAGUACCCCAGGAAGAUGGCCUUUGUUUCAGAACUUCCAAAGACGGUUUCUGGAAAGAUUCAAAGGAGUAAAUUGAGAAAUCAAGAGUGGGGAAAUGAGAAGCAACCCCAGAAAGGUCCCAUAAGUCUCUGAAACUUCUAAGAGGAACUGGUGGGAUCACUGAUUAAUCCCCACUUGGAGCAUCAUCCUUUCAACCCUACUGAAAUUGAAGGCUUGCAGUCUCCAAAUGGGCAUCUUUAGAAUCACUGGAUGACCCUGGAAGAAAGCAGAGAACAUCAUUAACCACCAGUUCAGAGCCACUGCCCGGUCUAGCAACUGUUCAGUGGCUUGACUUCCUCAUCUGUCUGGAGGUAUCCUCAGUAGCUGCCCACUGGUCUUACUUCUUAAUAAGCUUUUAGCUAGCCCUCCAAAGGACAGGUCACCAGAGUGUUGGGGGCACUUGUGAUCUUACUGCCAGGGGCAGUAUAACCACUUGACCCUUUUGAUAAAGCUGUUUGGUAAUCAUACUCCAGGGCCAAAAAAAUUAGUCAUACUCUUUAGUUCAGAAACUCCAUCUUUGGAAAUCAUUACAAAACAAAAUAUUCAAGAGAUAGUUACUAUAGAAUUGUUUAAAACAGUGACAAAUUGGGGGGAAAAAUUAAUGCCUAAGUAAUAGGGCAAUGAUUAAAUUGUGGUAGAUUAACUCAAUAACAUGUUUUGUAGCUGGCCAUUAAACAUGUGUGUUGGGGAAAAUGGGCUAAAUUCAUUUUGUCUGAAUAAAAAUAAUAUAUGUAUAGUGGGGAACCACAGCUAUUUAUAUGACAAAGGAAAAUCUACAGAAGAAAAAAGACCGGAGGGAGAUACACUAAAUGUUAAUAGCAAUUUUCUUGAGUAUUGAAAAUAAUGGGUGAUAGAUUUUUCCUUUCCCCACAUUUCUCUAUUUUCCAAGUUUUUCAGUGAGUAAAUUUAACUCUUUUAAUGAAAAAAAAAAUUAUUUUGGAGAAAUGAUCACUGAAUAUCACACUCUGCCUCAUAUCUUGUUCUUCCUCCAUAUACAAACACAUCAGCUCCAAAUGCUAGCAUGUUGUCUCACCCAGGAAAAAUACAGAGACCUGAAGUCAUGUCUCAGAAGCACAGAAAUGGAAAGGGUUGCUCUGAGCAGCUGAAACCAAUCAUGCAGAGAAGAAGCAGGUGGAAACUGACCUUAGAGCUGCUACUGGACUCUCAGCACUUUCAUUCACUCAUUGGUCAAUGUUUAUUGAGUGCCUACUCAGUCCUGGACUGGGGACACACAAGGAUAAGCAAAGCCAACUGGUUGUUAUCUGUAUUAGUCUGCUUGAGCUUUUAUAACAAAGUACCAUGAGCUGGGCAGCUUUAAUAAAAGAGAUGUAUUCCCUCCAUUCUUCA